AUGCCUUUAAAAGCUAUGAAGGGGCAAAUAGUCUUAGAUUUUAUAGUGGAUCACGCAGUGGUUGAAACUCCUCAACUCCUAGUUGAGUUGAAGCCUUGGAUAUUGUUCUUCGAUGAUUCCACCCAUAAAGAUGGUAGUGGAGUUGGGAUUAUACUAAUUUCGCCUGAUGGAAUUCCAACAAAACUCAAGCAUAGAAUCGAAGGGCCCUUGUGCUCGAACAAUGAGGCGGAAUAUGAAGCCUUAAUAGCAAGACUUGAAGCCUUGUUGGAAUUGGGGGCAACUAGGGUCGAAAUUAAAGGUGUUUCAGAAUUGGUAGACAAACAACUGACGAAGGAAUAUAAGUGCAUCAAGGAUAAAUUGGUCAUGUAUUUUGUCAUUGCAAAUAGGUUGCUUAAAAAAUUUGAAUGUGUAGACAUAAAGCAUGUCCCCAGAAUAAAAAUUAGCACAAAUAGCUUCAGGAUACAAAAUCUCAAGGGAGAAGCUGGAGGAAUUGCACGAAGUAAGGGGAAAAUCAAUGACAACCAAAUUGUUUCCAAGUGA